GCUCAUGCACUCACAGACAACUUUGAGCAAGGAAGCGACAGCACAAACGCCUCCCUCGACUUGCUCCCAUGUUCGCUGGACGAUGCGGGGCUAACCUGCUUCGUUCACGGUUUUCUUCUGUCGCCGCAACUUCUGCUGUAUCUUCUACGUCGAACAUCAUCCGCCCAUGUGCUGUAACACGAAAAUACGCGACCGAGGCAUCCACUCAACGUCCUAAUGAGGUGACAGCCGCACUCUCUAGGACUGAAACACUUUUCAAAACAUACAAGCCCAUAACACCUGGUAUUCGACACCUUAAACGACCUCUUAACCUCCAUUUAUAUCCUGGCCGACCACUCCGACAACUCACUGUAGCUCUCCGCAGGACAGGUGGUCGAAACAAUCAUGGUCACAUCACUAUUCGUUCUCGCGGAGGAGGGCAUAAACAGCGUAUUCGAUUAGUAGACUUCAUGCGUACAGAGCCUGGCCCGCACGAUGUCGUUCGUGUCGAGUAUGACCCGGGGCGUUCUGCACAUAUCGCUCUGACUAAGAAUCGGGACCCAACCGCCACCGGUAGAAGACUAUACAGUUACAUCCUGGCGCCGGAGGGUCUGAGGGCAGGAGAUGUUGUCCAUAGUUACAGACAGGGUGUUCCGGACGGAUUAGUCCCGGGUUUCAAGGACUCGAAGGAACUCAGAGGAAAGGCUUUCGAAGCCUCUUCUGACGGAGAUGAUGCCUCAGCCACAACCUCCCUUGCACUCGGAAUGCUGCGUACCAUCACAAUUCAGAAUGGCAAUGUCCUUCCUUUGCGACUCAUUCCCACCGGCACUAUCGUUCACAAUAUUGCGCUUGACCCCGAAGGUCGUGCAAUCCUCGUUCGCUCAGCCGGCACUUUUGCCCAAGUCAUUACCCACGAAGAAGCAGGCCGGUACACUCAAAUUCGCUUGCAGAGCGGCGAAGUGCGGAAAGUGUUGCAGGACUGUGUUGCCACCAUUGGCAAGGUCAGUAACCCUCUGUGGAAGAGCCGAAACUUGGGUAAGGCUGGUAGGAGCCGCUGGCUUGGUAAAAGGCCCCAUGUCCGUGGUAUGGCUAUGAACAGAUGCGACCAUCCCCACGGAGGCGGUCGUGGGAAAUCAAAGGGUAAUAAGCAGCCGCGAUCUGUUUGGGGUUGGUUGACCAAGGGCAAGCGCACGCGAAAACCGGGUCCGAAGGGACCCAAGAACAGCAAUAAGAUGGUUGUGCGCGAGAGGCCAAGAGGAAAGGAGAAGAAGGCUGGUCUCAAAUAGAACUUACGUUCUGCCUCGCCCAGAUAUCUAUAGUGGUAUCUAACAAGAGGCUCAGUUGAUGAGAUUACAGUAGUCUCCAGUAUACAUAAUCACUCUCUACAUGAUGCCUUAUUAUCAGAUUACUUGCGUUGAUAUGAGCCACCAAACAAACCUCGCACACUCAAUCACUUGUCUCAUCUUCUUCAUUCUCUUCCUCGUCAUCCUCCUUCAGUGUCUUUGGCUCCUUGUCCGCCUCUCUGCCUCCAACAGCAUCCCUCCAUGUUGUCAAUUCCUCCCCAACGGUAUCUUUCGCUUGUGUAAUUGAUUGACGUAGGGCGUCAUAAUACUGUGGUAUGCUGCUCCCGUCCGCCAAGGGAAAUUUAUGGGUUUUCGAAGUU